AUGAAUAUUGCUUUUUGUAUAUGUCAGUUGAGAGCACAAAGAUUGCAGACCCUAAGUUACGAAGAGAGACUUGAAUUGUGGAAUUUGGAAAAUGAACAAUUUGCAGAGUUAGUAAUUCAACCAACACUCACUUACUAUCAGAGAUAUUUUGAAAGAGCACCAGUACAAACUGAAGGAGGUUUGUGA